UCCAGCAAGUACCACAGUGGCUGCACUCACCUCGAUGACGUCAGGCUCAACGGUGGAUAUUGCCGAGGUCACAACUCUUUCGUCCGACUCUUCGUCUUCAGCACCUACAACCCCUACUACAUCAACGCCCUUGCUGAAUGUCCGACUUCCGACCUCCGUCACGCCCCUGCACUAUAACUUGGAGAUACAGACAUACAUGAACUCCACUGAUCCACGAGAUUUUACAUUCAAGGGUCAUGUCAAGAUUUGGGUCAAGUGUCACGAGGAGUCAGACAAUGUCACCCUCCACUCACUGUAUUUGAAUAUAGACUAUAACUCUGUAAGCUUCAUGGGUCAGUCUCCUGAUCCUUCAACUGACCCCAAGUUUGUCACAUACAAAGUGGAUGACCUCAGGCAGUUUUUGAUCUUCAGAUUGGACAAGACUAUGCGGGUCAACACGACCUAUGUGCUUGAGAUGAGCUACACAUCAAGCAUCAGCAACACACUUGUUGGCCUGUACUACUCCAGGUAUACCAGGGACGGAACUGAUGUGUAUCUAGCUACCACAUCGUUCCAGCCCACUGACGCCAGGAAGAUGUUCCCUUGCUUCGAUGAGCCGGCCAUGAAGGCUAGUUUUAACGUCACACUGGUCAGACCCAUGGACAGGAUUUCUCUGUCCAACAUGGAGCUUUUGGACAGCAGGGAACCUUUCCUUGACGGCAGCAUCACCUACGUGAAGGAUGUGUUUGGUCAGUCAGCCAUCAUGCCGACCUACUUACUGGUCAUCGCGAUCUGUGACUUUACCUACCUGAAGGCAACUACCAACAAAGGCAAGGAGUACUCUCUGAUUGACAGGUAUCUAGCUACCACAUCGUUCCAGCCCACUGACGCCAGGAAGAUGUUCCCUUGCUUCGAUGAGCCGGCCAUGAAGGCUAGUUUUAACGUCACACUGGUCAGACCCAUGGACAGGAUUUCUCUGUCCAACAUGGAGCUUUUGGACAGCAGGGAACCUUUCCUUGACGGCAGCAUCACCUACGUGAAGGAUGUGUUUGGUCAGUCAGCCAUCAUGCCGACCUACUUACUGGUCAUCGCGAUCUGUGACUUUACCUACCUGAAGGCAACUACCAACAAAGGCAAGGAGUUUCGAACCUACGCCGUUCCGGAGCGUCUAAAUUCGACCAAGUACUCACUGGAUGUCGGAGUAAAAAUUCUAGACUACUUUGAAGAAUUUUUCAACAUUUCCUACCCUCUUCCAAAAUUAGACAUGAUUGCUCUUCCUGAUUUUGUAUCUGGAGCUAUGGAACACUGGGGUCUCAUUUCAUAUAGUGAGAGGGCGUUGUUGUUUAAAGAAGGGGAGACAAACGAACGUGACAAAGAGUAUGUAGCUAGAGUUGUGUCCCAUGAGUUGGCUCACAUGUGGUUUGGUAACCUGGUCACUAUGUCCUGGUGGGAUGACCUCUGGCUGAAUGAAGGCUUCGCCAGUUACGUCGAGAACCUUGGAGUGGACCACGUAGAGCCGGACUGGAAGAUAUUAGAUACCUACGUAGUUGAAUACAUGUACACAGCUCUAGCCAAUGACGGACUUGUGUCGUCACAUCCUCUCUACGUCCCAGUCAAUCAUCCUGACGAGAUCAACGAGAUAUUCGAUUCUGUCUCUUAUACGAAGGGUGCUGCAGUAGUGAGGAUGAUGAGUCAUUUUCUGGGCUUUGACGUCUUCAAGAAAGGCUUGACAAAAUACCUUGAAACGUUGGCGUACAAGAAUGCCUUCCACGAUGACCUCUGGAACUUUAUGACUGCUGCAGAGAUAGUUGGUGCGGAUUCUCAUCGAAUCGACGUCAAGGAAGUCAUGGAUACAUGGAUCUUACAGAUGAAUUAUCCAGUGGUGACUGUCAAACGAGUGGAUAACUCCAACACACAACUUUUUGUAAGCCAGGCCCGGUAUCUCGCAGACCGCAACGCCAUUGAACUAGGAAAAUACGAGUCACCUUUUAAUUACACUUGGAUCAUUCCGCUGACCUUCACCUCCAACAGGAGCAGGAACUUCAACCAAUCAAAUCAAGCUGUUUACUGGCUAUGGAAAAACGAAAGUACAAAAGUAUUAACUCUAAAAGAGACGCUACCAUCUAGUAGAAAUGGCUGGAUCAUUGCCAAUAUUGACGAAAUAGGCUACUACAGGGUCAACUACGACGAGGACAACUGGAAGGCAUUAACUGACCAGUUACAAGUGGACCAUAAGGUGAUACCUGUCAUCAACAGAGCUCAGAUUAUAAACGACGCCUGGAAUCUAGUCAAGGGCAACUAUCUGUCUUUGAAUAUUGCGUUCUCAACGCUGGACUAUCUGGACAAGGAAACAUCUUACCAGCCCUGGCAUGCUGUCCGGCGUGAGUUGACUUACAUGGACCAGAUGCUGUCGUUGAAUGAGAUCUACGAACAGUUCCAGAGAUUUUUGAGAUGCAAACUCCAGAAACCAUACCAAUAUUUUGGAUUGAAUAAUACAGGAUCAAGUCAUUCAAACAUCCUCUCCAGGACUCUGAUAGCUAGUCAAGCGUGUAAAUUUGGAGUAAUCCAGUGCCUGCAAGCAGUCAGUGAGCAGUACAGGUCGUGGAUGGAUAAUCCCAGUAUUAACCCAAUCGACAUCAACUUCCGAUCUUUCGUUUCAUGUUACGCUGUCUCGAGAGGUGACUGGGACGAGUGGAAUUUUACAUUCAAAAAAUACCUAGAAUCCGAGCUGCCAACGGAGAGGCUGACUCAUCUACAAGCUUUGUCCUGUGCCCGCCAGCCAUGGAUACUGAACCACUACAUGGAAUCAAUACUGUCUGAGAAUACCUCGAUACGUUUCCAUGAGAGGCUGAACGUGAUUUCGAAUGUGGCUUCUACUGACGUAGGACGAGCUCUGGCCUGGGAUUUCUAUAAAACAAACUUCAAGAGACUGAAAGAAUUAUAUGGUUAUCCAUUCUUCAGUUGGCAGAGAUUGUUGGCGUCUUUAACUAGCAAUUUCAACACAGCCAUAGAGCUGAAAGAGUUGACUGACUUCCAGGCUCAACAAGAAGGCAAUCUAUCAGAAAUAGCAGCGACAUUAUCACAGGCCAUUGACAAGGUUAAGGCCAACAUUAAAUGGAUGGAGAACUACCUACCACAAAUUCGUCAAAUAAUUACAGAAAAACUAGCCCAAUCUGCAAAUUGUCAAUGAUUCUAUGUCAAACACUACACAUAUAUCUAUCCCAUCUGUAGCACUGUUUGUACACUGUGGUGGAAAAAAUUUAAAUUUUGAAGUUUUAUUACAAAUAGAAAGUCAUUAUGUUUUCCAUAACACUGACAUAUAAUUUUUUUCACUGAUUAUAAUAUAUAGUUCCUUCUGAUUUCA